UGAAGAACCAAGUUUUCUAGACCUAAUUAUUACCUUCAGAUUACGGAGAUAGUAGAAUGAAACUUGAUGAUGACCGAGAGUCUUGAACUACAGACCGUCUAACUUUAACUUUUAGGUAUCUCUAAGGCAAUGUUUGGGUGAGGUAUUUUGAGGAGGAAGAUGACUUUUAGAUGGGAUUAAAAAUUCUGUUUUAAAACUCUCUCGUUUGGCAAAAUGGCAAAAAGACAGGGAGAGACUUAAAUUUGACGGGAUUUUAAGAAAUGAUUAUUAGACUAGAUUUUUAUGAGACAAGUUCUCUCUCUCAGUUCCGCCUUGAGAGGUGAAAUUAUGAAAUUCCAAAAAGAGCGAAGAACUACAUCAACGCAACAGUGAUUUCUCGCUCUUUCUCCUUCCUGCAUUGCUCAUGUCCAAGUUUGAUCUUCCGCUUGGACUUUCGGACUUUCGUUUCUCUUUCUAUUCCAGGGGUUGAUGGUUGAUUUUUGGAUAUUUUCAUCUCUAAUUGAUUGAUCCACGAUUUCUAAUUUGAAUUAUGGGCUUGUGUUUCUUUCAUUUGAGUUGUGGUUUUCUGCGAUUUCUUCAACUUGGUUAGCUGACUCAUUUUGGGUUUGGCUUUCUGCGUCAAUUCCAUAUUUGUGUUUGUAGAUCUGUUUAUUCAUAUUUUUUUUGCUUGUGUUGGAUUGAAUUUCUUCCUGAAGUAUUUGUUAUACACCUUUGUGAUACACUGCAUCACAUAGUAUAAGAAUAUUAAAGUUAGUCAAGGCCCCUGUCCACCUAUGGGUUUUCAGGUGUGUAAUAAUUUUAUCAUUUAGAACUAGUUUUUAUUUUCAAUCUGAAAAUGAUAUGUUAUAGUCUUGUCUCUGGCCCCAUUGUAUUUACUCUUUCACUGUCAGCCAUUUCAUAGUUAAGGUUCAAUUUAACUAUACUUGUCUUUGGUUGCUCAAUAUCAACAAAAAAGACUCCUAUUGUCUUUGCACAUGAUCCUGAUGUUUUCAAUCAUAAUUAUUGAUCAUUAAAUUAAUAGACAAACUUUGGAAGAGGCUUCCAAUCAUAAUUAUCCAACCAUUUUGUUGUUGACAUGUUGUCUCUGAUUAUCAAUUUAAAUAUAGAGAGCACCUUAGUCAGAUCAGUUAGUGCUCUUUCAGACAUAUUCAAUCCAUCUCAAGUACUAUCUUAACCGCAGGUUUAGAAUAGAUGACAUGCACUGUCGGAUCCAAACACCGGUAUGCUUUGCUUUUCCAAUUGCCCCUGCUUUAGUCUCUUGUAAGGCAAUUCAUGUAAGUAUGUAACAUCUUAUCUUAGUCUGCUUGAUGUCUCUCGCUUUCUCACCAACUAAUGCCUUUGCCUUAUUAAGUAUUUUCCGACAUUUUAACAUACCGAAAAGGCACAUGCAGUUGCUUAGCCCUUUAAUCCGCCUGUUCACUAUGUUUGCAGUUUGUGUUUUUUGGUUUUCUCAACCCGAAAAGGCAGAAUACGCAAGUCAUUAUCAUUCUUUUAUUUUCAAAUGAACAAAUUCCUACCACCCCCAAAUGAAGUUUUUGCCUGUUGCCCUUCUGCCUAGUGUUUGUUCAUACGCAUAAAUAUGUACAGGCUCUUAUACACAAAGAUAAUUACACCAGAUUAAGUUAGGACCUCCGGUUUAUUAUAAACGAAGUUUGUAUUGUAUGCUGCUGUGUUGAGUAGCUAAGAGACUUAUCUUUAUUUUUAUACAUGUGUUGCUUUCUUUAAUCAUUACCUUGAAAAUCCAUGGUACGUACAUGGUUAAUUACUAGAUUGUUUCAACUAUAGAGAUCCGUUGCUUUCUUUAAUUAUGUCUUUCUGUACAUCCAUAUUUACUUGGGUGAAAUUUUAGGAUGUCAAAUUUAUAUGCAUUAGUUGAAAACAAAAUACAUGCAGAGCAUAAAGUUUUUCCGCAGUAAAUAUCUUUGCAAGCCCUGUUAUUCCGUAGUUGUGUUAAUAAGAAUUUUGGUAGCAAGCAACAAGUUAAGGUUUAGUUUUACUAUUCUUUGUAUUUGGUUGCUCAAUAUCAACAGAAGGGACCCAUUUUGUCAUUUAAAAUUUCGAUAUGACUUGUCAACAUGACAUGCUUUUCUUGCAUAAAUUAUUUUUUGGGUGACAGCUGCCCCUUGCAUUAGAAAUAUGUUUGGUUUUUUGUUCUUUAUAUUUAUACAUGUCUUGCUUUCUGUAAUUAUUACCUUGAAAAUUCAUGGUACUAGAAUGCUAAAUAUUUUCUUAUCUGGUGGGUUUAUCACAUGGGAAUUAGGGAUGGAUCUUUGUUGUAAGCGUGCGGGAGAAGAAGAUGAGGAGGAGUAGGAGGAGGUGGUGGUGGAGGAAGAAGAAGGGAUACAGAAAAUGAAAGCCUUUUUGAUUGCUGUAACUGGAUUUAUAGCAGCAAUAGUAGCUUGGUACGAUUGUAAAUUAUUCAUAAAAAGAGAGCUAUUGCCUGAUUGGGAUGAACUAAGACGAUUUUAUUUGAAUCAAUUAAGUGGAUCUGAAGUUGAGUGUAUGGAAAACUUAAGAGUUAGCAUAUAUGGAUUUUCAAAACUUUGCGAAGUCUUAUAUGACAAAGGUGGAUUACGAAGAACAAGACAUGUAUCUAUUGAAGAAUCUGUGGCCAUAUUUUUAAAUAUCCUUGGGCAUGACGUGAAGUAUAGAUCCAUUCAUUUGAAUUUUUAUCGCUCCAAAGAAACAAUAAGUAGACAAUUUAAUGGAGUGUUGCAUGCAGUAAUGAGAACUAGUAAGGAAUAUGUGAGGUUUCAUGAUUGUGUUCUCCAAGGAGUUGACUUGAGAAGAUGGAGAUGGUUUGAGAAUUGUCUUGGAGCUUUAGAUGGAACCCAUGUCUCUGUAAUUGUUCGAGCUGUGGAACGACCUAGAUACCGGAAUAGGAAGGGAUAUAUUUCUUCUAAUGUUUUGGGAGCUUGCAAUCCAAACAUGAGAUUCAUUUAUGUCUUACUUGGAUGGGAGGGAUCAGCAUCAGAUUCUCGAGUUCUACGAGAUGCAUUAUCUAGGCAUGGUCCUUUGGUUAUUCCAAUGAUAAAUAUUACCUUGUCGAUGCGGGAUAUACUAAUAGACUUGACUUUUUAGCGCCUUAUCGAGAAACUAGAUACCACCUAAAGGAAUGGUAUGGAAAUCAUCCCCAAAAUUAUAAAGAACUUUUCAAUCUUAUGCAUUCGAAAGCUAGAAAUAUCAUUGAACGUGCAUUCAGGGUGUUGAAAAAAAGGUGGAGCAUAUUAAGAACAGCUUCCUUUUUUGACAUUAAAACACAAGUAAGAAUCAUCAAUGCUUGUUGUGUAACUUCAUUCGGAUUGAGAAGCACAAUGAUCCAUUGUUGGAAGCUGAAAACUUACAUCUUUUACAUUUAGUUGAUCGUGAGUUGUCAAUGAGGCCAAUAGAAAUCAAUGAAGAGGAGAUUAGAACUGUUGAAGCCACUAAUGAAUGGACUAUAUUUCGUGAUCAAUUGGCGAUGGAUAUAUUUGCUGACUAUCAAAGGCAUUGAGCUCAACAAGCGCAGCAAGAACAAGGAGAUCUUGCAAAUGUUCCAUAAUUUUGAAGUUUUGUUGUGACUUUUAAAAUUUCUAGAAUUUUGUAUGAUUUU